AUGCAGAAGCUAGAUGGCCAUGCAAUGAAGUCGUUAAAAGCAUCACCUCCGUCUUGUCCGUGAAAUGCCAGGCGAUGCCAGGCAGCCAGGCUGGAAUUCGAGCGACGAAUACGGGCGUGACUGAGACGGCUCUGACUCCUGUCCUGACUCCAAUCUCCUUCUUAGCCCUUUCAUCCUCUCGAAUCUGCAGCGCUGGCAGACCCCACACCUCCCCCUAGCAUCCAUUUUCGAGGUGUGAAAAGAUGGAGAACCGACACCUUCCUCUGUCGAGACGAUGGUGCUCGCCCGAAUGCGCUGAUUAUCCUCAACACCCCGCUCGUGCGAGACGAGCUGUUCCGCAAGCUUUGGGCCGCAGGUCAGUCGGAUCGUGCAGUGAGCUCAACAGUGAAGAGGAAAAACUGACUGACAUGUAACUUUCUAUGACAGCCUCCGUUCGUUACUGCGCUGAUGGAGGCGCGAAUCGGCUGUACGACGCCUAUCGAUCCAAAGAGCCUUCCCAGGCAGCACGGACAAAUAGAGACGACCCAACAACUAUCCACGAUGACGAUGACGAUAUGAUACCUGACCUCAUAAAGGGUGACCUGGACUCGUUGCGCGACGAUGUCAGGGCCUACUACGAGAGCAAGGUCCGUUCGUCCAAUCUUCGUCUCGGCUCAUUCUUAUGGACCCGACUCACAUGAGACGUCCUGCUUCCAUCUUUUACCAAUCCAGAACGUCUUUAUUGUCCACGAUCCCGACCAAUACUCGACCGACCUGGGCAAAUGCGUCGUCGCUCUGACCGAAUACGAGACCAAACUCGCUACUCAAGCUACCCCCUCCACAUCCAACGAACCAGCACCACCACGGACACCCAUCCAACAUCAACUCGUCAUCGUCGGUGGUCUGAGUGGUCGAUUGGAUCAGACGAUCCAUACAUUGCAUGCGUUGACGUUGUUGGACCAAGAAAGGGAAAUGACUUGGGCUGUGGGGAAGGAAAGUUUGGCGUGUGUCUUGGGCCAGGUCAGUUUGAGAUAUGCUGGUACCUCCUUGGGUGGUCGACCGAGAAAAAGCUUAAUUCUGUCCGAUCAUAGGGUACACACGAUAUCAGUACGAAUCUCAAAUACUUUGGCGAUACGUGCGGCAUUUUGCCCGUCGGUGAACCGGCCAAAGUCACCACCUCUGGCCUCAGAUGGGAUCUCACCCCCACUACUUGUGAGGCAUUUGCAAGGAUCAGUCCAGCCGACGCAUGAGCAAUGUAGCUGAGGGGUUUGCUGUGCCUCACAGUUGCGUAUCCUACGUCAAUUGCGGCGGGCGUCUCUUCGUCGAAUCAUUUGCCUCAAGAGACUAUUACGGUCACGACUGACGUUCCAGUGGUUUGGACCGUCGAAGUUCGAUCGACGACUCGACCGUGA